UUCUGUUUUCAUCAGCUGAUCCUUAAAAUUUCUUGUAAACAAAAGCGAGAAAAAAUCAAAUUUACAUGGUGUAAUUGUAAAAACAUUCGCAAAGAACGGAGAGAAAAGCUCUUACUGUAGUUAAAAUAAAAAAAUGCAUUUGUUGAAAAAAGUGAAUUUGUGAAAGUAUCGCAAAGCAAACUGAACGAAAAUAAAUAGAUAGUCCGCGGGCAGAGAUACUUUCGCUGCGCUAAGUACAUAAUACUUUAAUGAUUAAGGACAAAGGAAGUAUAUAAAAACUGUAAAAUUUUUGUAACAAUAACAACAAAUGCCAAAUCAGGUAUCGUUGUGCGUCAUUAAAAUCGAAAUUGAUCCACAGUUUGGUGAGAAUUUUGAACCUGGUGCCACUUCUGCAGAGCAUCCUACAAAUCCGCGUGUGCUAAAAGAACGCGAGCGGGAUCGUGGUUUAAGACAGUCCAGUGAAAUCGUAAUUCAAACCUACACCAACCGCUUGUGGGCAAGUGAAGAAGAGCUGCAAGGCGCAGCUGGAACGUCAGUACGAGAAAAAGAACUGGCUAGUGGUGAGGUGGAAACUGCUCAUGAAAUGAGUGAAGAUCGUAAAAAGAACUUGCGUUCAGCUGCUAGUGGCUCACGAGAAGCUACACCUCUUGAAGAAGGGCAAUGUGCCUCAGAAUUUCCGAAAGAAAUUGGUUUCUUUUCAGGUAACCCCGAAGUUACGAAUGGAAUUAUACACUUGUACAAGAAAAAUGAGCGUAAGGAACUAAAGGAAGGGCCAUCUGAAAUGUUAUGCUUACUUGCCGUACCAGCCAGUGUAAGCUGUCACGAUUUGAUGGGCUUUGUUGCACCAUGUCAAUCCGAGAUUCGUCAUAUACGUAUUGUUCGCGAUGGUAGCCCCAAUCAGUUUAUGGUUAUUUUGGAAUUUCGUUCAAAUAUGGGUGCCUUGGAGUUCUACAAAUCCUACAAUGGCGCUGCUUAUAAUUUACUUGAGCCAGACUCUCUCUGCCAUGCAGUUUGGGUAUCAGAAAUAGAACGUGGCGGCGAUGGCGUGCCACCAGUUGGACAUACUGAGUUGCCGAAUUGUCCAGUUUGUUUGGAGCGCAUGGAUGAGAGUGUAGAUGGAGUAUUGACAAUACUCUGUAAUCACACAUUUCACGCCAACUGCCUUACCAAGUGGGGUGACUCUACAUGCCCCGUGUGCCGUCACGUACAGACUCCGGAAUUACUUGAGAACUCAGUUUGUAUGGAAUGUGAAGGCACUGACUCCUUAUGGAUUUGCCUAAUUUGCGGUCAUGUCGGUUGUGGUCGCUACCAAGGCGGGCAUGCUGCAGCCCAUUAUCGUGCCACUAAUCACACGUUUGCCAUGCAAUUGGGUACAUCGAGUGUUUGGGAUUAUGCAGGUGAUAACUUUGUUCAUCGACUCUUUCAAAAUAAGACUGAUGGCAAACUUGUCGCUACGGCUAAUGAUGAAGGGGAGGAGAAAAUCGACUCAAUGCAACUAGAGUUCACAUAUCUGCUCACUUCGCAAUUGGACACACAGCGAAAAUACUAUGAGGAUCGUUUGGAUCGUUUGGAAAUGGAAUGGCGUGAUUUUAAAGCGGGCGCUGACAAUGAUAGCAGCAAGGUUAACGAUUUGGAAUUAAAAGUGCAGACGCUUUCUAAGGAGAAACAAAGUUUAGAACGCAAGUUGAUGCAAAAUGCUACGAAAUUGAAAGAUGUACAAAAGCAAUUAGCAGAGGAACGUGAAUUCUCAAAGACCUUACAAAGUAAUCACAGCUCCUGGCAGACGAAAUAUACAGCACUCGAGAAACAAUACAAAGAAUACAAGGAAGCGCGUGAAGCUGAACUGAAUGAUGUCAAGGAGCAAUUACGGGAUAUUAUGUUCUAUAUGCAGGCACAAAGCAAAAUUGCUGACUCAGAACUGAAGGAAGAAAUAGUGAGCGGUACUGUGGUAAUGCCUGAACCAGAAGCAGGUACCUCAGCAGGAAAAACAGGCAGGCGAAAGAAAAAACAUUGAUCUGUUUAUUUAUUAUAUUACGACUACCUUCCUUUUGGUUUCACGCUGUUUGGAAGACAAUUUCUAUACAAACUUUGAGGCAAUGUGAAUAAAGGAAAUGGCAUUUUAAUCUAAUUACAAAAUAAACGAAAAAGCUUUAUACAUUAUUUACUUUUCAAUAAACGUUUACAUAUCGCUUCUGA